CUUCUGCAGAAAAUUCAACAGCUGGUGGAAGUCUUACUAAAACCGCACUUAGACAUCUGCACAAUUUUAUUUUCGAUAAAAACAUGGUCACCCUUUCCUUGUGUGUUUUCCUUCUAUGCUUGGCCAUAGACAGCAUCUCUGGUCAUGGGAGGCUGAUGGAUCCUCCAAACCGUAGCUCUCUGUGGAGAAUUAACCCCAACGCUCCAGCAAAUUACGUCGAUGAUCAAAACAACUGUGGAGGAAAAUCUACCCAGUGGGACCAAUUUGGAGGGCAGUGUGGCGUUUGUGGUGACAAAUACGACGACCCUCAUCCUCAAGCUAAUGAAAACACUGGUACAUACGGAAGAGGGAUCAUUGCUGGGCAAUACACUGCUGGUAGUAUAAUUGAUAUCAACGUCGUGCUAACAACCAAUCAUAUGGGUUAUUUCGAAUUCAGUUUGUGUGUCUUGGAUAACCCAAAUGGUGCAGAAUCGGGUGAAAGCUGCUUCAAGCCUCUUACCUUGGGAGAUGGGUCUGCAACAUACGUUUUGCCCAACAAAUCAGAACAAGGCUACACUGAAGUUCCACUUAAGGUGAAAUUGCCUGAUGGUGUGACAUGUGAAAGAUGUACCUUCAGAUGGUCUUGGACCGUAGGUAACAGUUGGGGCACUUGCGAUGAUGGUACUCAAGGUAUUGGAUGUGGUCCACAAGAAACAUUCCGUUCUUGCUCAGAUAUAGUGAUUAGUUAGACUACAUUUAGUGGUUUCGAUUAAAAUAUUUUUAUUAAA